UUCAAAAUAAUUCAAACGUUCCGCGACUGUUCACGCGAACGGACGUCCCACCUCGAACAGAAACGGAAAAACCACCCUUUUUCAACAUCUUCGCCAUUAAAGGGAGUCGAUCUCCUUACGUUUAGCUACGGUGUCGUGUGUUGCGUUAUCUAAAACAUCCUUCAGUGUCCGAAGGUAGUGCGGUUUAUCGAUUUGUUUCUUCCCCCUCGCAAGUUUGGCAGUGUUUCAAUUCUUAGUUGAAAAGCGAAAGCGAAGACAUCAACGAAACGACACCCAUUAUUCACGAUGCUGGAGAAGGAACCGGAUUCGAUGGCCGUCACGAUGAAGCAGGAUUAUGCUGCAAGUGAAGUGUACAGCACCACCAGUGAAGCACCACCCGCCUACAAAAUGCGUCAAGCAAACUCGGUGAAGAUCGCCAAGAUUAUCGCCAUCACCGUCGUGCUGUCGUCCUUCAUUCUUGGAUCGUUCAUCCUGGCCUCGUCGUAUCUGCAGGCGAAGCAAUCCUGCGACCAAAUGCAGGCCCUCGAUGCCGUCCUCAACAAGGAGCUAAUGUUGGAAGCUAUGCAGCAGGAAUUGCCAAAGGCGCAGGCUUUGAUGCAGGACAACCUCUCGGCCGAUGAAAGCAACCUGCAGACGAUCGAUCGGGAUGAAACCAAGAAGCGAAAGCAGGAGGAAUCCCACAAGCACCACAAGGAGGAUUCGGAUGAAUCGGGAGACUCCGAGGAUGAGGAUGAUUCCUCGAACGAUGGUGAAAGCGAUGAGUCGAUCGACAUGAACAACCGUCACCGCGUCAACCUGCCGCUGGAUCUGCAUCUGACCGAUCUGGCGAGUGCUAUUCUUCGGGAAAACCAGAAGUCCCGCAUGAACUGUAUCGUUGAGCGACGCCGUUCUGAGGAGUUGGUCGAUUCGCCACCGAAAAUGGUGCGUCUGCCAUUCGGAAUGGAUCUGACCACGGACCCGAAGCAGCAGAAGGUUACCGGUGAGCGUAUUGCCAUCUUCUGCGAAUCUGGCAACGAGCUGAAGAAUGAGGACGCUGAGCCUGUUCGUCAGGUGUUGAUUCCGAUCCCACCGGUUCGCUCGUUUGGUCCACUCACGCACCUGCCCCAGCAGAUGGGACCACCGGCACAAACGAUCAUUCGCCAGAUGCCACGACCAAUCUUCCCGAUGCCAAUGAUGAACCCCCACCAUCAACAGCAAUCCCAGCAGCAACUUCCUCCGAUUCCGGCCCAAAUGAUGCAGGCCCCACACCCAGACGCACCGAUGGGUCGCCCCAACUUCCACCCAUUCCUGCAGCAGUUGCCCCAGAUCAUGGCCGCCCAGAUGCAUCAGCAGUCGGCCCAACAGCCCCAACCUGCCAUGCCGCCCCGUACCGAGGUCCGCAUCCAUCUGCAGCGCAUUCCGAUUCCGGAGAUUAUGCGCCCAUUCUUGCCGCCCCAGAUCAUUCGCCAGCAGCAGGAACCGGAACAGCAGCAACAGUCAGCUCCCCAGCCGCAGGCACCGGAGCAACAGGAGGUCCAAAUCCGCGAGAUGCCGAUCGAUAUGGCGAUCCAUAAGUUCCCCAUGCAGUCGUCGGACGAGAUGAAUGUCGCUGACUUCGCUGCCCAGAAGUUCACCGAGCAGCUGCGAUCGCUGAUUGCCCGUAUUGCCGAAUCGGAGGAAAGCGAGGAGGAAACCGAUUCGUACCGUAACGUACCCGAUCAGGAAGGACCGUCGCCACAUUCGGAUGAGCGUGAGCUGCAGGAACAGCAACCACCACGCCCGACCGAGCCGGAAAUGGCACAUCAGGAGGAACAGGAACAGCAGGCCCACCAGCAACCGGAGCAACAGGCACCGCAACAGCAGCAGCAGCAAGUACAGCAACAGCCCGAACCACAACCAAUGCUUCCGAUGGGUCGAAUUCACUACGGUCGCAGUCUGCUGACGCCGAUUAGCUUGCCCGGAAAGGUUGUGGAAACUUCCGCCUCCGAGGAGGACGCUGUCCGUCCACAUUAUGUCCAACCGCGAUCGGUUUAAAUCGAUCGUAAGGACGGGCUUACCGCAGCACCGGUAGUCCCUAUCUGCAACACCCUAUGGGCUUGUUUUUUUUGUUUCUCUUUCUUUUGUUUAUGUGCGCCCUAAACCACAUACAAACAAACACAAAUUAAGAUGUGAUUUUAAACGGCAGCAUUACCACGCAAACUAUGGACUUGAAACUGCUAGUACUACACACUAUUACGGGGACAGCAGAAGGAAAACGACAGAAACAGUACGAUGGAAUAACAUCCGGACGAACAUCAGCGAAUCUCAACGUGGCCGAACACAUCGUCAAAGAAGGGCGAAUAAAGAAUAUGUAAAUAAAUAUCUUUUUUGGAAUUUGAAAUGAACAAAAAAAAACGUACGGGGGAAAGGCGAUUCGAGACCAAUGCAAAUACUGCACGCAAAACACCAGAACACCAUCGGGGCGGCGAGCGUUUUAUGCGUUUUAGUAAUGUGUAGCGGCAUUUGUUUGCCCGAGAGCUCGAAGUGAUAAGUGAACGCAUACGCAUUUUUGGGAAGCGGAAACGGUGUAUUGUCGGUGUGUUUGUUGAAAAGGAUUCUGCAGCCAGCAAACAAAGUACAGUACAGGCAACAAUUAACCUCCUUUCCGCACAAAGUACAACGGAGAGCUUGGUGUUUUAAAAAAAAUUAAAGUUCCACUUUUAGCAAAGCAAGCACACCUGUUUCUCGCAAGAGGACCGAUACAAGUAGACAGCAUCAAACUGGGUAUGUUCAACGCUGACAAUAAAUCUACAAAUAUGAUUUUAA